UGUUAUCCCGCCCUCCCCGCUUUCCUAUUGGUGAAUUUCAAAGUCGCGAAAGCCAAUAGGAGCGUCCAGACGGGCGCCCGGCUCUCGUACCAGAACAAGGCGCGCCCUUUGAAGAAAGAAACUGUCACGGUAGAGUCAUGGUGGGGCCCGGCCCCGCUGCCAGCGCAGCCGCGGAAGAACGGUGGCAAAAGCUCCAGGAGUACCUAGCAGCCAAGGGAAAGCUGAAGGACCCCAACACCAAGCCUUAUCUAAAAGCCAAGAAUAUCUGCCCUAAACCACCAUCUUCUAAAUAUACUCCUGGACCUAAAAAAGAUGUUUCCAAUCAUGUUGUUUUGCCUGGCAAAACUACAAAACCCAUCAACAUUAAACUCCAGGCUAAACCAGCCAAUAUCACAGGGUCCCAGAAGCCAGAGUCGAUGCCACCAAAACUUCCAAGCAAAGGGCUCACGCCAAGAUGUUUUCCUUCUAACUCAGACUAUAAGCAGUCCAGCAAGCCUCAGCAGCAACAUAAAACUGUGCCAUCCACUGCAGGACUGUCAAGAAAACCCAGGCAGUCCCCUGAUACACAGGAAUUAAAAGCCAAACAGCAACAGGAAGCUCGAGGAACAGCUAAGUGUACAGAUCCUGUGGCUGACACCCAUGCUGAAAAGCAAUCUUUGGAUGGCUUUCUAGAUGAAACGAACAAAGAAAACUUGCCCCGAACCUUGCUAAAACCUAAAAAGCCAGAUUCUGACUUACAUUCUAUAAGAAAGCCAAAAACUGGCUCUUCUAAUCAAACUCAGAGAAGUCUGGCUCCUAAACAGAUCUCAAGCAAAAGUUCAGUUACUCAUACUGCUCUGAAAGACAGAGCCAACACACAGCUCAUUAGAAACACACAAACCAGAGCUCAGCCGGGGAAGUCUCAGCGACUCCCUACAGCAGAUUCAUCGCGACCAAGAGGAAAACCCUCACAAACAGCUCCCUCUUACUCCGUUUCAGCCCAUUAUAAGACUCAAACAUUGAAGAAACCAGUGAUCAAGAACACACAGGAUAUAAUGGUUAACAGGGUUAGAUCUGGAAGACCAAAUGAAACUAAGGUACAGCCUUGCCCUGCUACUGAACAAAGAGUAAAACAUACUAAACCUAGUUCCCACCUCAGUGUGCUUCAGGGAGGACAUAACAGUAGGCAUCUCAACAUGCAGCAGGAUCAGAAGCCUGUGCAGCCUUGUCUUGGACCCCGGACAUCAUGCAUUCUGCAAAAAUCAAGAGCCAUAAGCCAGAGGCCUAAUUUGAUGACUGGCGACUUUAACUCAGUCAUUCCAAGCACACCUAACAUAAGAGCAAAUAAAACACUUAACAGUAAGUACAGUAGCACGUUUCAACAGAAAGCACAGACAGUGGACUCCAAGUUCAAAAGGUUUCCUCCCCAGAGCCAUUUUCUGAACAAGACUGCUCCCAGGACUCAAGCCAGUACCACAGCCGCAAGUAGGAAGGGAGCCCCGAGCGUGACCCAGACUCACCCACAUGUUAAAAAACCAGAAGGAGAGGAUCGGAGGAAACAGCUGGAAGAAUGGCAGAAAUCUAAAGGGAAAACCUAUAAACGGCCUCCCAUGAUAUUUAAAACAAGAAGAAAAGUCAUAGAGGAAAUGAACACCUCCUUCUGGAAGAGCAUUGAAAGAGAAGAAGAAGAGAAGACAGCUCAGCUGGAGCUGUCCAGGAAAAUCAACAGCACUCUGACAGAGUGUCUGAGGCUCAUUGAAGAGGGUGUACUUCCUAAUGAAAUAUUUACCGUAGUGUCCAGCAUUCCUGAGGCUGAAAAAUUUGCCAAGUUCUGGGUGUGCAAAGCAAAGUUACUGGCAAGUAAAGGCCCCUUCGAUGCUCUUGGACUGUAUGAAGAGGCCAUUCAGAACGGGGCAGCACCAAUACAGGAGCUGCAGGAAGUUCUGAACAUUCUGCAAGACACAAGCAGAAGCGCAGAAGCAGUCACCUCUGACAGCUCAGCUGCGGGAACCAAUACCACAUCUGCGGAAGAGCUGGCCAAGGAGGACGACUCUGAGCAGCCUUGCCCACCGCUGAUAGAAAGGGAGCGGGCCCCAGCAGCACCUCGGAUACCCAUGGUGGAGUGGGAUAACCCCGGUAUCAAAUUACAGGUUGCCCCGAUCCCUAGAAUAUGCGGGAUGCCAGAAGUGCAAGACAUGAAGCUCAUCACUCCUGUGAGGCGCUCGGCAAGGAUCGAGCGCACACUGGCGAGCUACCCAGAAAUGCUGCAGGAGCGUGACAUAGUCGUGGCCUCUCUUAACGAGCUCCUGGAAGUGGACAACACAGAGUGCUUUGUCUUCCGUGAAAAUGAGGCUCUGCCUGUGACACUGGGCUUCGAAAUCCUUGAAUCAUGAUCUUUUGAUAUUUGGUGUUUUUGUUUUUUGUUUUUUUUUAUUUUAAAUGAGUUUUUUUUUUUUUUUUUUUUUUUUUUUUUUUUUUUUUUUUUAGGGCUUGCCCGACAUAAAUGCCCUUGUCUUGAUGACCUGAAAUAAAUGUAUGUUGAAUCCCCACGAUGCAGACGAUAGACUCUUGGGUCUCAGAAGUAAGGCAUUGGGUUUACUCUCACAGCAUACAUCCCCAAGAGAACUCUUGGUUCAUGUGUUUGUUAUAUACUUUAUGAUAGUUUUACAGCAUGCAUAACUUCAGGAUACCGAAUAUUAAUUUAUGUCAACUGUAAUAGAAAAAAGAAGCUCACACUUUGCUCAUCUGCUAUAAUCCUAUUGUGAUCAUUCUUUGUACCCAAAGGUUGGUGCUGUGGUGUGACUGACUUUCAGCAUCCGCCCUUCCCUGGAGGGUGGUUCCUAGAAUACAAAGAUCUGACUUUUGACACCAGCUCCCCAGGCUGGAAAGUAAAACUCCACACGUUACAGAGAAGUUGGGACUAGCCACAUCUUCACUUCUCUCUGUGGAGACCUUUGACUUCUUCACAGUGACCCUAGAGAUGAGGGUGACACAUGUCCUCUCUGGGCGGGUUUCCUCUAGUGAAGCACAAUCCAGAACUGAGGUGGCAGCCAGGUUCAUUUGCAGUCCUCCUUUUGCACUUGUCAUUCAGAAAUGCCUCAAGUACAGACAAGGUUGUAGGGACAGAAGUGCUGCAUGCAUUCCCUUCUCUGCCAGUGGAUUUGUAGCCUAAGGAGGCCAUGAGCGCCCCAGAGACCAUGGCGGGGCUUUUUUUUUUUUCCUGCACCUUGAGCAAACUAACUGUUCUUAGAUGGAAAAACAGAGUUGUUUUGUAAAUAUAAUGUAUAGAAAAGGCUAGUCAGCACAUUUUUAAAUCUUAGCUUUGUUACUAUGAUUGCUAAGUACUAAGUAAUACCUAAAAUAAAAACCCCUGAAUAUCUGUUCA